UGGGGGCAGGGUCCUAGCUGUACAUUACCCACCAGAGAGAGACAGCUGGAGCCAGUCCCCCAAACAGCCCCUCCCCAACAGCACAGCUAGGCUGCCCUCCUCUGACUUGGGGGGGGGGAAUCCCCACAACCUCAAAGGUGCAUCAUACUCACACCCCCAAACGGCUGCAUAGGAAACACAAACCAUGCGCCAGGCGGAUGCAACUUUGCCUGAGUCUGCCGAGAGCCUGAGCCCAUUGCUCAGAGAGGCAGGCCGGCCCCAACCGUCGCCGGGUUUUCCCUCCCCGCCCCAGCUCUGCCGGUGCCCCUAACUCCCAGCCCUGGCUGGGGCCCUUCGCAGAGCCCAACUUCCCCAGGCCCCGGGCGCUCAGCGUUGGUCGGUGGUUUCUUCUGCGCUUCCUGUUGAAAAAAGUCCCCGCAACGCGGAAGUUCCCUAGGUCGAGAUCAGGGAGGGGAGAGACCCUGAGAACCCGCCGGGGGCUGGAGCCAGGAGCCAGCAUGAGCCGGGGGUCCAGGCCAGGGGCGCGAGCGCAGCAGGAGAACGUCGCCUCCCAUCUCCUCCUGGAUCAUGAAAACCAGCAGGUGUUUGAGCUCCUGGGCCGGAAAUGCACGACCCUGGCCACGUCGGUGGCCCAGCUGUACUGGGCCCUGCCCCCCAACAGCCAGGUCUGGGGUAAGCAGGGCUGCGGGGUCCUGUGCCUGGUCAAGGACAACCCCCGGCGCUCCUACUUCAUCCGCCUCUUCAAUAUCAAGGAGAGGAGGCUGACAUGGGAGAUGGAGCUCUCCAGCCAGCUGGUCUAUUCCGCCGUCACCCCCUAUUUCCACACGUUCCCCGGGGACGAAUGCCAGGCCGGGCUGAACUUUGCGGAUGAGGCUGAGGCCCACAACUUCUACACGCUGGUGCAGGAGAAGGUCCAGAAGCAACAGCAGAGGAUGGAGAAACGGCAGCUCCCCCCGCCACCUCCCCCGGUCAAUGAAGAGCGACGGGCGAUGACGCUGCCCCGAUCCCCGAUGCCCGGGGGAGACAUGAAUGGUCCCAGCAAACAGCCGAAUUCCCCCUCCUCCUCCUUGAACCUGAUGACGAUGGACAUCCAGAACCCGGACAUCACCUCAUCCCGGUACCGGGGGCUGCCGGUGCCCACAGCCGCCGAGAAGAAGAAGGGCAAGAAAAAGAUCUCCAAGGCCGACAUCGGCGCCCCAAGCGGAUUCAAGCAUGUCACCCACGUCGGCUGGGACCCCAACACUGGUUUUGAUGUGAAUAACCUGGACCCCGACCUGAAGACGCUUUUCUCCCAGGCCGGGAUAAGCGAGGCGCAGCUGACCGACGCAGAGACCUCCAAACUCAUCUACGAUUUCAUUGAAGGCCAGGGUGGGCUGGAGGCUGUGAAGGAGGAGCUGAGACGCCAGGGUCCAGCACCUCCUCCGCCCCCCAUGACCCGGUCCGGGCCCCUCCCUCCCCCACCCCCUGCCUCAACGAGGGGCAGGUCUGGCCCAUUGCCCCCCAUCCCAGGCGGCCCCCCACCUCCCUCAUCUAUGCCAAAUAGGGGGCCGGUUCCCUCCCAUCCCCCCAGGGGGCAUCUGCCCCCUCCUCGUGGGCCCCUUCCCCCUGUCUCCCGGUCUGGUCCGCCCCCCCCACCGCCUGCUGCUGGGGCAGCCCCCCCACCCCCACCUCCCCCGCCGCCCCCUCCGCCUCCAGUCUCUUCAGGGCCUUGUCCCCCUCCCCCACUUCCUUCAGGGGGGGUCAGCUCCCCAGGGAGCCAGCCUGCUCCCCCCCAAAAGGGACGUGGGGCCCUGCUGGACCAGAUCCGCCAAGGCAUCCAGCUCAACAAGACCCCCGAGAUGCUGGACUCCCCGCCGCCCGCACAGAGCUCCGAGGGCCUGGUGGGGGCGCUCAUGCACGUCAUGCAGAAGCGGAGCAAAGUGAUCCACUCCUCGGACGAAGGCGAGGACAAUGGCGGGGACGAGGAGGACGAUGAUGAAUGGGACGACUGAGCACCGUCCCCAGCAAGAAAAGCUCCCCCCCUUCUGCACCCCCACCCGCACUGGGUGCUGUCCCCCACUCCCCUGUGAUUCCCCAGCCUGCCUGGCCCCUUUGCAAUAAAGACAGCUCUCUGCUUGA